AUUGUAAAGAUUUCCUUUCUCGCUCGUGAUGAAUAGUGUGCGAUAUUUAAUGUGACAGAUUCGAUGAUAUUAAUUUUGGUAAUCGCAGUAGGCCCUGCUUUUGGCCCUACUUUCAUUCGUAUCCCUUCUACUGGCAUACACGGACUGCUCCAUUCAUUCUAUUCAAGCAAACGAAAGGAAGAUGACAGACCAAGGAAAGAAGCCCACCGGCAAUGGCAACGGCAACGGUCGCUACUUGACUGCGGCUAGCUCGGAAUGGAUCCCCAUAACCAUGAAGACCAAGAUUUCGGAGGACUUCGUCAAGCCGGGUCCAAACCGCUCCAAGCCGGGACAACCGGGACAAUAUUCGCAGUUCCAGUCGAAGCCGGAGCAGAAGAUUACCAACUGGCGCGAGCGCCCCAGCGGUUCGUCGGCGAAGAAGCCGGCAGAGCCAGAGAAUUGGCGUCAGAAUCGCUCGGCUGCUCCUCCGGCGGCCAAGGAAGCUCGCUCGACCUCCGCCAAGUCGCCUUCGAAAUAAGGUUGUUACAAUAAAACUGAACAUUCCACCGAUUUUC